CUUAUUCUUUCCUGGCUUCGUGACUGCGAAGUCGGACAUACAAGUACCUGUAACCCGAAUACUGACCAAAGAUAUAAAUCUUACGUUGACAUAAUCUUGAUCGAUGUCCUCGAACUAAGGUUAGUUCGAGCUCGUUCAGAUUGGAAAUACUUGGCCUUGAGUUAUGUCUGGGGCGGUGUCGCUAUACUGCAGGCUAUGAUCGAAAACAUUGCAACUUUGGAGCGGCAAUCAUCCCUUCUGGGACUUCAAGAAAAAAUCCCCAAAACAAUUCGGGACGCCAUGGAAAUGACAAAGGCUUUGAAAGAACGAUACCUGUGGUGUAAUGUUCUAUACAUAAUCCAAGAUGACGCGGAGCAGAAAUACGACCAGAUAGCACAUAUGGAUGUCAUUUAUAGACAUGCAAGCCUUACAAUAGCAGCACUUUCUAGUAUCAAUGCGAAUUCUGGCCUUCCCGGAAUCAGUCGCGAGUUUACUGGGCCGGAGAGAUGUCUAGGAGGUACCGAAAAUAUGUUGCUCAUUCCCCAACCACUGAAUUUGGAUGCCAUAGAUCCACUGCCUUAUGAGAGACGUGCCUGGACCCUUCAAGAGAGAAUCUUUUCAAAACGUAGGAUCUAUUUCACGGAACAGAACAUCUUUCUAUCCUGUAGUAGGGGAGUGUCCGCUGAGAACGAUGCUGGACGAGUUGUGAGAUUUCGGGACUCCUGGGAGCCGUUGAAUAAAUCCGAGGCGAUUGAGGGGCUCGCAGCCUAUGUCAGAAUAGUUAAUACUUAUACUAGGAGGGACUUGUCAUAUCAAAGUGACAUACUUAAUGCGUUUCAUGGUCUCGGCAUCCCUAUGGAAAACUUUCGAACCCGAUUCACGAACGGACUGCCUGAAAAUCCUUUCGAUUUCUCCCUUUUAUGGGCUCCUGAAAGGAUCUUGCAUCGUCGAUCUGGCUCAUCUGAGUCUGAAGAAUUUUUCCCCAGUUGGUCUUGGGCUGGUUGGAUUGGGCCGGUGACGUAU